AUGGGAUCCCUUGAAACGCCCGCCGACGCUUCGAGACUCCUCAUCGCCGCUUGGUCCGACAACAGCUCCGGCUCUUCCCAACCGCCCCUCUCCCGGCCGCAUCCGUACCGCUCGGCGGCCCACAACCCCAGAAUGCUCGACAAGCAUGAGCGACGGGACUUUGAAACAUACAACAGCAGUGAAGAUGCGUUCCACCAUCUCAAGCACAAGCAGCCGCAUCGCUCGGUCGGAUUCUGGCACCCGCACAUGAGCAAGGUCCGCGCCCAUGUCCUCUACUUGUGGGCUCGCACAGGUACAGUUUUCCAGUCCGGUUCACCUGCAAGUUUUCCUGUAUGGCUAACCCCGGAUCGAAUCGUAGUGUUGGUCCUGGUCGUAGCCAUCCUCGCGAUCCUCUCGCUGUACUGGGCCGUGCUCUUCCGCGUCGAGGAUAACCUCGCUGCCCUGGUGGUCCACGUGGUCGACUUCGACGGCCAGAUUGCGCCGUACAAUGAUGUUAAUCCCGUCGUUGGUCCAGCUGUGACCAAGCUCGUCGACCAGAUGCGCCAGAAGCCCAUGGCCAACCUGGGGUACACCAUCCUCCCGGCGUCCGACUUCAACAACGACCCGAUCGCCGUCCGCGAAGCCGUCUACGACUGGAAAUCCUGGGCUGCCGUCGUUGUGAACGCCAACGCGACAGCUCUACUCCAGCGUGCAGUCGAGACUGGCAACAGCAGCUACGACCCGACGGGUGCCGUGCAGAUCAUCAUCCAGACGGCGCGGGACCAGACAACGGUGCAGAGCUACAUCCUCCCCGCGCUCACAUCCUUGGUCGACGAAUUUGGCGCAGUAUUCGGUCCAAUGUGGGGGCAGAUGGUCAUGGCAAACACCUCGUUGACGAGAGAGAACCUGCAAAAGGCGGCGACGGCUGUGAACCCAGGUGUUGCGCCCACGAUGCUGGAUCUCAGGCCCUUCUCGCCGGCCACGGCUACGCCAGCCGUCAGCAUCGGUCUGAUCUACCUGAUCAUCAUGGCCUUCUUUUCGUUCUCUUUCUUCCUGCCCAUCCACAUGAAAUACAUCAAGCCCCAGGGCCACCCGCCCCUGCACUUCUGGCAGCUGAUCAUUUGGCGCUGGUGCGCCACCAUCGCGGCCUACUUCGUCAUCUCCCUGACCUACUCGGCCAUCUCCCUCGCCUUCCAGAUCCCCUUCUGGCCGGGGCCAGCCUCCCACACCGAGCCCCCGCCGCCCUGGGGCGCCACGGCCUAUGGCCGCGCCACCUUCGCCGUCUACUGGAUGCUCAACUUCGCCGGCAUGACGGCCCUCGGCCUCGCGUGCGAGAACGUCGCCAUGCUCGCGGGCCAGCCCUGGACGGCCCUCUGGCUCAUCUUCUGGGUCAUCACCAACGUCUCGACGUCCUUUUACGCCGUCGACCUGGCGCCGGGCUUCUACCGCUGGGGGUACGCCUGGCCGCUGCACCACGUCGUGCAGGCGAGCCGGCAGCUGCUGUUCGACCUCCGCUCGCGCGUCGGGCUCGACUUUGGCGUGCUGCUUGCCUGGUGCGCCGUCAACACGGCGCUGUUCCCGCUCUGCUGCUACUUUAUGCGGUGGAACACGGAGCGCGAGCAGAGGCAGGCGGAGAAGGAUAAAGACCGACUCGAGGCCGCCGCCAUUGAGUUAAUAUCUUACACGACACACAUCCAUCAACUUGAAGAGAACGGACCCGAGACUGAAACCGACAACUUCUGA